UAAAUUUGCAGUUUUUGACGAUUAUAUUGAUGUGAGUGAAGAAGAAGGCCUUGGACGCGAGUCAUUUUCCGCUUCGUCGUGGUUUACGUGCUUCAUGAUUCGCCGUUUCCCUCAAUAGUCAAUACAACCCAGAAGCCGCACCAUUAGGGCUUCGGGUACCUUCAAUUCCUCUAUUUCUUGGCUACCAUCGUCGCCACAUUCACCCAAAAUGUUCAACAAGAUCAUCAAGCUCGCUCACAAGAAAUGCCCCAAAUUGGAAUUCCCCGAAUCCGGACAACAAUUUUACGAAGUAGUCGUCAAACACGCCUCUCGCUCCGCCUCCGCCUCCGCCGCCAAUUCCGAUUCCCAAACCCCUCCUCCCUCCGCGCCGCUCCCCAACCCCACCCAAAUCGAACCACUCCCGCCACUGCGAGACGUCGACGUUUCGGAACAACCCGCUCUGUUCCUCCGCAAAAUCCAAGUGUGUUGCUAUGUAUGCGAUUUCUCAGACACUCUCAACUACGGCUACGAUAUAGAAGUCAAGCGCCAAACGCUCGAGGAACUCAUCGAAAUCAUUCAAUCCGGUGCGUUCGGCUUCACCGAUAUUCAAGAAGACUUGAUCAACAUGAUUUCCCUCAACAUUUUCCGGUGCUUACCUCCCUCCUCUAACACCGCCGAUGACUUAGAUCCCGAAGACGAUGAAAGAUAUUUGGACCCCUCGUGGCCCCAUUUGCAGCUCGUGUACGAAAUUCUUUUGCGUUACGUUGUUGCGCCCGAGACUGAUAUCAAGACUGCGAAGCGCUUCAUUGACCAUGUCUUUGUGUUGAAGCUUAUUGACUUGUUCGAUUCCGAGGACCUCCGCGAGCGCGAGUUUUUGAAGACCAUUCUUCACCGCAUUUACGGCAAGUUCAUGGUGCUUAGGCCCUUCAUUCGGAGAGCCAUCAACAACGUCUUCUACCGGUUUAUAUUCGAGACGCCGAGGCAUAAUGGUAUUGCUGAGUUGUUGGAGAUUCUGGGGAGUAUUAUCAAUGGCUUUGCGUUGCCGAUGAAAGAGGAACAUAAGCUGUUUUUGAUUCGGACUCUCGUGCCGCUUCACAAGCCCAAAUGUAUUUCCUGUUAUCACCAGCAACUGUCUUAUUGCGUGGUUCAGUUUGUUGAGAAGGACAAUAGGCUUGCGGAUCCUGUGAUCAGGGGCAUGUUGAAGUAUUGGCCUGUCACGAAUUGCCAGAAGGAAGUGCUUUUUCUUGGAGAGCUAGAAGAGGUUCUUGAGGCUACUCAGCUUCCUGAGUUUAUACGCUGCAUAGGGCCUCUUUUCAGGCAAAUUGGACGCUGCCUUAACAGCCCUCACUUUCAGGUUGCUGAACGAGCACUUUACUUGUGGAACAAUGAGCACAUUAUAAGUAUAGUAUCUCAGAAUCGAAAUGUUAUAUUGCCAGUAAUCUUUGAAGCUUUGGAAAAUAACAUGAAAAGCCAUUGGAACCGAGCAGUGCAUGGGCUAACAGCCAAUGUGAGGAGGAUGUUUGUGGAGAUGGAUGCCGAAUUGUUUCAAGAGUGUCAAAGGCAGUACUUAGAGAAGGAAGCCAGGGCUACAGAGUUGGAAGAGAAGAGGGAGUUAACAUGGAAGAAAUUGGAAGCAGUGGCUGCCCAAGCCGUGAGGGAUGAUAUGGUUUUGGUUAACUAAGGUAUUGAGCUUGCAACUCUUCUUUUACACGUUGAUGGUUGAGCUACAUCAUCACUGUUGCAUACCCUAAGAUAGAAAGGAAGAAAUUGUAAUUUUAUUUUACUUCAAUUUUACAAACCAUUGUCCUAAGGACAAUGAUAAUCAAAAGUAGAAAGUUUUAUUGGAAAGUGUAACAUUUAAUGUUACAAAGGCAUUUACACUGCAUUUUCCAAUAAAAGCCUUCUAUGCUGUAAUUCCUUAACGUCUUUUACCCCUAGAGUAAUGGAUAGCAAAAACGAUUUUAAUUACACGGCAUGGUGAACAGGAUAUGCAAAUUAACAAUCUUGCGAGUCCUGUUAGCAAGUGUUAGAGUGUUUUUUUGAUCUGUCCCUACCUGCCUUUUAGUUCAUUUUAUAUACCCAAUGUCUUGUUAUCAAUUGUAAAUACAAACAUAUAUUUUUCUUCAAUUAAGUUGUCAUUUAAUGUUCCAAUAUCUGUCGAUGUAUGGAAAAUUGGUGCAGUUGGUACUGCUUUUUUUUAUGAAUGAAUAUUCGGAGGAA